AUGAGUAUAGCGCGGAAUCGUCAUAUGACGCCUCAGGAAAAUCCUUUUAAUUUUCCAUUUAUCAGUGUUAUGAAAGUAUGCGCUUUUCGAUUUGUUGCACAAAAUAAAUCAAAAUUAAAAAAGUUGGAUAAUAAUAAACAAAACUGUUUAUGUAAUAAACAGAAUAAUUUACAAAUAAUUCACAAUGCCAAUGAUGAUUCAAUUAUUGAAUCAUUACAAACUUCGUCAUUGUCUGAGCCAAAUUCUUCAUAUCACACUGUAAGUCAAAAGAAAACAACAAUUUGGUGCUCUGAUGGAGAAUUAAUUAAAAAAUCCAACAUUAUUUGCUUUGUCCAUCGUAAACUGAUACGAUUUUUUGGUCGAGGUCCAGAACAACAUUCGGAUUUAAACGAUUCACUGGAUACAUCUGAAGAAAAACAAGAAUCCUAUAGGUUGAUAUUACAAUCUAUGAUGGAUGAAAUCUAUUCAAUCUACUAA